AUGCAGGCCAAUGGCAUUGCCUCAUGUAAGUUCGACAUCAAUCUCAGCCAGCCGAUAGAGGGGAAGCAAGAUGCCAUGAACAUUCUAACAGAUGCAGGAUUUACGUUGAUACCACUGGCAAUUCUCAAUGCUAGAUUCGACGACUUUUUCUUCCUGGCGGGUCUGGUGUGUUCUUCAUAUGUGACAGUAUCAAUGGGUACACACUACCGAGCUCCAUGGUUUCCUUUGGGCAGAGAGGACAUACCCUUUGUGGACGAAGGGAACCGGAUGACAUGCAGGGUAACGCUUCUCAUCCUGGCAGUGGUGGCCAUGGGUGGGAGUUGGAUGGUGGAGCAGCCACGCUCAUCGCUGCUGACGUGGCAUCCCAGGAUACGUUUGCUUUGGCGCUUGUUGCCCGAGGACUAUGAACGUCAGCUGGUUGCUUUGAAGAAAGGCUUAUCGGAACAGAUCAAUAACAAGUUGAAGAAGACCUCGGCUAAAUCGAAGGCGCAGCCUAAGGCCAGCGCUCCGGCCAAACCAAGGCCACCGCAAUCCCAAGUUGAAAAGGCUGACAAACAUCCCCGGUCACCCCCAAAGGUCGAUCAAGCUUCGCCCAACCCUGGGGCCUCCAAGCGAGUCAAAGGCAAACAGCCCAACCCUGACAUGGCGCAGCAGCUUGAUGACUUGCGUGAGGCCAACCAAAAGAUGAUGGAUGAGUUAGCUCAACUCAAGCAGGAGCAGGCAAAGAAGCCUACCAAGAAUUCUUAUGAGACUCCACCCCCAAAGGUCCGUGGCCCAACUCCGAACGCAAAGGCCAGUGGGUCCUCUGCACCCUCUGCGUCCCAGCCCCGAGCCUUGGCCAAUCCACAGGGUGCUGCACCAGCAGCAGCAUCCGAAGCGCCUUCAACGGAAGGCGCCCGUUUGGCAAGAUUGAGGAGGAUGUGCGAGAUGAAGCCCUCAGGGAAGUGUCAUGUAACCCCUGAAAUUCACGAGCGUUGGAAGAAGGCCAACCAUACAGAAAGGUUGAAACUAGCAGAUGAGUUGGAAGCUGCAAACUGGGCAAAGGACAUGUUCAUCACACGGGUCACGAAGUCAGUGAUCAAGACCAACAAGCAGUCCCGGAAAAAGAGAAGGGGUUGGUACACCAAAGAAGCCAUGGCCAAAGAUUUGGGCUGGAGUUCGUCCUACAUCAGAUGCGUCGUGGAGUUUUGUGAGAAGCCGGCCAAUGCUCUUACGCAUACAAAGAAGGACAAAUACAAUAAGAAGCUGCUCAAGUACAAAGUGGAAAUUGAAGAUGGAGAGUCAGAGCUGAGUGAGGAUGAGGAAAACCACAUUCACCAAGACACAGAGGCCAUAUGCAUCUUUAGUGUACUUCCCUUACAACAUGUUCAGGUAAGUGAUAUGUCAGACUCUGGCUGUCCUCGGUUCCUUCCAUCAUUGUCGGCACUCUUUGCCUCAGGUGGCUGA